AUGCAGUACGUCCGAAGUAUCAGUGGCUCCGUCUCCAAGACGUGGAAUUCGAUAAAUCCAGCCACAUUGAGCGGAGCCAUCGAUGUGAUUGUCAUCGAGCAGGAAGAUGGAACCCUUGCAUGUUCGCCUUUCCAUGUCCGCUUCGGCAAGUUCUCUCUGCUCCGCCCGUAUGAAAAGAAGGUCGAAUUCAAAGUCAAUGGAGUCAAACAAGAAUAUGCGAUGAAGCUGGGGGAGGGCGGCGAGGCCUUCUUCGUCUUUGAAACGACCGAGGAAAUUCCCGCCUCCAUGCAGACGUCACCACUGGUAUCGCCCGCCGCGAGCCCGAAGAUACAGAGCGAGGAAAAUCUAGCACCAUCAUUGCAAGAACCGGAGUAUCUGGAUCUUGACCAGUCGAAAGGAGCUGUUCAUCCCCCGCUGGUCUCAAGGGGAGCUAGGGCGACCAGUGACCUGGGCUUGGUGACACCUUUAUCUCAGUCUCCGAACGAGUCCACCCUAGGUAGAUCGCGCGAAAACUCAUUCGGUGCGGAACCGACCAAACUAGACCGUGCAGUUUCCGAUGGCGUUCUGCCAGCCGGGGCACACUCCAGCGGCCCUGGUGUAUCCGAUUAUGCUUUCCAGCUACACCGACCUGGGUCCGCCAGUUCGUCCGGAGAUCCCAAUGACAAUCGACGCUCUCAAAGUCCUCCUCCGAUAUCACUACAAGAAGCCGUGUCGCGCGCAUUGUCAUUGUCUCAGAAGCUUUCCUCAUCUAAUAUACCCUCUCGUGUUACCGACGCUGGUGACCUUAUGCUUGACAUGACAGGGUACAAGAGCAAUGAGGAAGACGCACUCCGCGCAGAAGUCGUUGCGCGCAAGAUCCUUUCAGAAGAGCUGGAAGGGAACUAUGAUAUCGGGGCGCUUAUUGGAGCAGACGAGCACGGCAACUUGUGGAUCUAUAGUAGCGAGGAAGCGAAGGAGGCAGCGAAUCGCCGGGCGACAUUUAAUUCCAUGCGACCUAGCUCCGCCAUGAGCGAGAAUGCGAUCUCUGAUCCCGGCUAUCACAGCGACGGUGCCGAGUCUCUUCGAGAUCCGACUUUUCAGACCAGGCAUCACCGCGCAAAGUCCGAUGUUCAGCCUGGAUUUCCCACCCCACCUCUGUCGCCUCCUCAAACUUCUAUGCUUGAGCCAAUUCGCAAUUAUGCAAAAACACUUCGACUCACAAGUGAUCAGCUGAAGGCGCUCAAACUCAAGCCGGGCAUCAACGACAUGUCUUUUAGCGUCAACAAAGCUACUUGCACGGCCAACAUGUAUUUAUGGAGUGGCCAACUCCCGAUUGUUAUCUCGGAUGUUGACGGGACUAUUACCAAGUGA